AUGCAGCAGCAGCAGCCAGACCAGACGGAAAAUACAAACCGUGCAUCACGUCUGCCUGUCAACCCGCGACGACACAAGGUAGCGCCCGACCAGAGAAAGCGCGUCGCCACAGCAUGCAACAGCUGCAACGUUCGCCGAAUCAAGUGUUCUGGGGAGAGACCCUGCCGCCAGUGUCGCAGCUCUUCACGAGACUGCCAGUACCCUACCGUCAUCGAGAAGAUCUCCAUCUCCCGAAAUGAGCUGGAUGACCUGCGGAGGAAGCUCGAGUCCACUGAACGCGCCCUGCAGGCUGCCGUGCCUGACGACGCGGCCAGACGGCAGCUGCUGCAGCAUGAUGCUGAUCUUGGCGGUUCUCGCGCUGGCUCCAACUCGUCAUUCACUCCGCCUCAGCAGCAGCAGCAACAGCAGCAUGCAACGCCUUUUCGCAAAGACGACUUCAACGAAAAUCCUUUCUACGACACCGAGGCCGAGGCGGCCGAAGGUCGUCAGCUAGAGGACCAAGAUGGAAGGGCCCGCUUUCUCGGCGAGACGUCUGGCGCCACCUUCCUCGACCACCUGAAAGAGUUCAUGACAACCAUAUCACCGCUGGCCUUUAACAAGCCGUGGCUGUCUCCCACACCGAACAAUGGCUCGGCCUUCCUAGCCUCCCUCGGACGUUAUCAGACAUACGACUCUCGCCCAAUCGAGGUCGAGUCAAAUGCGGACCCCCUUGUCCUUCCGUCCCGAGCCGACAUGUCGGCCAUGCUCUCCGAACUCCGAUACUUUAUCCAGGACGGCAGCGGCCUUUUCCCGUGCGGCGGCAUCUACUGGUGGGGUGAUCUCAAUUGCGUGCCCGUCGACCCGAAAUCUGUCUCGUUGCCGCCCGAGACCCCUCACCAGGCCAUUUGCCAUAGGUUCCGUCACUUGGCCUUUUACCAUGUAGCCUUUGCCGUCGCAUGCCAGGCCAGUACUACCGCGACCUCGGUGCCAAUUCCGAGGGACUUGGGCCAGGACUACUUUGCCCGUGCUCGGAUGCUCCUAGGCAAUCCCCUCGACAUCACCCAGUAUACCAUCAGCGAUGUCGCCGUGCUCGCUCUUAUGGGCUUCUACCUUAUCGAGAUGAACCGCCGCGACGCCGCCUACAUGUACGUUAGCAACGCCAUGCACAUCUCCAUCAUGCACGGUGCCCACCGCGGCUGGGUUGACGAGCGAGGCAAGCGCGUCUUCUGGACCCUGUACAUCCUUGACCGUUGGUUGAGCUGUCUAAUGGGCCGUCCGCCUACUAUUAUGGACGAUGCGAUUCGCCUACCCUUGCCAUGCGAUGCCCCUUCCCUACCCCCUGCAGCCGGCCUUCGAGCCCACGUCCUACUGGCCCGCAUUUCGGGCCACAUUGUAUGCAACACGUACAAAGUCGCCCCCUGGGACCGCCGUCCUGGGGAAGCGGCGCGACAUGUCGAUCGAGCACUGCAGCUGCUCGACAACUGGUACUCAUCGCUACCUCCCACCCUGCAGAUGUCCGCCACCUGUCCAAGUACCGAUCCCGCAUGUUGUCUCCUGCACAUGGCAUACAACCAGCUACUCAUCCUCGUCGUCCGCCCCAUCUUCUUCGCCGCCGUGAAGAAGGCUUUCGCCGAGCGUUACAUCCAGUCAGACCGCCGCUGGGACACUGAGCUCCAUGCGGAUCGUAUAAGCACGUGCUCCGAGGCCGCUCACCGGAAUCUGUACAUUGCGCGCUGGCUGCUGAGUCUCACAGGAGGCUCCAGCAAACUCCUCCAGGCGGGGCUGCACUACGUCUUCAACGCGGCCAUUGUGCUCAUGCUCGAGGACCUGCUCUCCCCGAACCUCGUCUUGCCGUCCACAGAAUCCGACGACAUCAAGUUCGCCAUCGGCGUGUUCGAGGAGGAGGCCAAGACGGGAAGCCACUAUGGGCACGACUGUGCCACGGUUCUUCAAGACCUCAAAUCUCUGGUUCAGCGCCUCCGCGUAGAUGGGCAGGGCGCCUCUUCAGCUCGCACGGGUGGACCUGCAACGCCAGGUCUUCCACCGGACGACGCAACGAUCGCCAGCAACAGCAACACGCCCACGAGAACUGUUUCUCGGCAGCCUGAGCAACCAACGUUCUCACCUGGGCCGACUCAGCUGCACUCCAUGGACGAGAGCGGCCCGUUGUAUCAGGAGCUCAUGACGUGGAUGGACAACAGCGACAUGCAACUGUAUAGUACUAACUAUUCCAUAUAA